AUCGCGUGGGCAGAGAGCCAAUCAGGACGCUGUGCGUGAAUUGGCAAGCAGCAGUUGGGCGCGUGGUGUUGCGCUGGACGGAGGUGGAUUACUCCUUGUGGCCAGGAGGCAACCAUCAUGGAAAGAACAGAAUGAAUAAGGCCUGUCUUGGUGUUUCUGAAGGGGAGAUGCUCGGACCAGCCUUAGCAGAAAAUACAGGACUCACCGAGCUUAAUAUAAGCUGGAAUCACCUUCGAGGACCAGGAGCUGUAGCCUUUGCCAGAGGACUCGAGGCAAACAUCUUCCUGAGAGUCCUGGACAUCUCAUACAAUGGUUUUGGAGAUCCUGGAGCAUCCGCAGUGGGUGAGGCACUUAAGACCAACAAUGUGUUGGAGGAGCUCAACAUGAGCAACAACCGUAUCUCCAUGGUGGGAUCCUUGAGCCUCGGCCUGGGCCUCCGGGUCAACCAGACACUAAGAAUUCUUGUUCUGUCCAGGAAUCCCAUGCAAGGUGGAGGCUGCUUUGGAGUUCUAAAGUCUGUCCGGGAUAAUCCAGUGUCUGCCCUAGAACUGCUGGAUUUCUCUGUUCAGUACUUACAAGCGCCCCCACCUCACCCUUUGGCCUAUUCUGCCUACAGUUUCUACAGCUCCAAAGCCAGAGAUUAGCAUGCCUUAACCAUGCUCCUCCUGCUCUGAGAAGUCCUGUCGGCACUGGAUUCCAUCAUUAAGAAAAAAGGAAUUAUAUAUGAAACUGUUCUGCAAAAACACAUGCUUAGUCAAUAUAAUGCAUGGUUAUUAGCAGAAGCUUUUAGUGUAAUGGAAACACCAGACUUCGGAAUCAGGCCUGGGACCAAAUCCUGAGUCCAUCAACAUGGGAUCUUCUGAAUUGGAGAGCAACACUUGUCUAGAUGCAAUGUUCCAUUUUCCCACUCCUUAACUGUUAUUAGUCUAAUCUCCCUAGCCUAGAUCUUCUCUUCAGUUUUUCUAAAUCCUUACAGUUCGUGUAAAGCCCCUUCUUGGGGCUCAGCCUUGUCUUCAUGUGAAAUGGGGCUAAAAUCUACCACCAGGGACAUUGUGCAGAGGGGAUGAGAUAGCCUGUGUAGGGAAAGACACCAUUGGUGCUCGUGUUCUUCCCCUCACUCCCUAUGCUUUUCAUUUGUUAUUGAGGAAUAACGUUUAUGCUGAAAAGUGCCCAUGGACUAGCGGUGUGCAUUUCCACAAACAGCACACAUCUAUGCAAUAUCCCCCAGAUCAAGAAAUCACGCAGGCUCCAAGGAGCUCCCCUGGAGCCCCUUCCCUUCUCUAUUUUAAUAGUUUGGGGAUUACUGACAUUGUCAUCUAUAGGAGGGAAUCUGCCCUAAAGAUUUUCUUCAAAACCUUGUGUGUACAAGUAAAAAACAGUGAAGUUCUCAGGAGGUGAUAAUGGACUGCCUUGUAAUGGGUUUCUCCUCAGGGUAUCCAAGUGGACAGAGAGUUUGAUGACCUCGCUAGCUCCGUGAAGGUCAUUCUUCCAGCACUCCAUAUAAAGACUGCUGCCCACAGAGUGGAGUACAAAAAAGAGUUGCGUCCAGUCUUCACCCCAUCCCUACCGGCGUCUGUCCCUAAGUGACCAUGGCGUGUGGCUUCCUCAUCUCACAUUGGCCAUCCCACCUUCCAUGUGGAGAGUUCUUGGCCUUAUGAUGCUUUAUUACCACUUGAGUCUGCAGGGAGUCCCCAUGUCAGCUAGGUGGUAAGUCCUGUGGAGACUGUCUUCAUGAUGACUCAGACACUUGUCCCCUCCUCUCCAUCCCAUGGCUUCUGUUAAUGCAGAGGCUUGGCCUUCUUUUGCUCACACUAAUUUGUGUAACAUGAACUAUGUUACUAUGUAGCUAUGUGCGACAGGUUGAGCUGGGUAUGGGGUCCAAGGUGUCCAAAGUUCCUGCCUUGAUGACCUCAAGAGACCAUGAAAAUAUAAGGUGGUGUGCGACUGGCAUUCCCAAACUCAACUUCCCAGAGUGAAGCUGACACAACUUUUUGGGAAGGUUUUAUGUACCAAGAGCUUAAAA